GAAAUCAACUUCCUCUGCGUCACUUCCUAGUCAAGUGACUAUCGACUCGGUCGGCAAAAGUACACAUUCGGUGAAGAAAAUAUUAUCAAAAUGGGCUGUCCGGUUUGUGGACCGAAGUUAUCAUUAUGUGGAAUAAUUACUAGUGCGUGGGGAAUUGUUAUGCUGAUUCUGAUGGGAGUGUUUUUCAUAAUCAAAAGCCCUGCCUUUAUUGAGGAUGUAAACUUUGACCAUGAUAAAGUCCAUAAAGCAGGUACAGUUGAGGCAGCAAACAACCUGAUUGAAGAAGCCUACCAAACUAGUGCUUACAACUGUUUCAUUGCUGGUGGUAUAUAUGUUGUCAUUUUGAUCUUCUCUGUUGUUCAAUUCAAGUGGAACAUGAGGGCCAGCUAUGUGAUGUCAUAGAACUUUGUAACAGACUCAAAAUUGGAUUGCUGAAAGACGCUUUAAAUCAAAUUUGGUGAAACUGGACACAUUUGGCCUGUGUGUGACCAUAGGUCAUUAUCAAUAACUUUGUACAGUUAACUCCCAGGAAUGUGAUAUGGCAGUGUCAAGUAGAUGCAAGACUGUUUUAAAUGGGAAUUGUAACUUGCACACACACUCAUUAUGGUCAGGAAUUAUCAAGAACAAUGUCUGUAGCAAACCUUCCUACAUCCUGGGAAUUGUGCAGACCUACAUUUCUAUUUGCAAUGUAGUAUAUUUGUCUACUGUAAAUACAUGGUGUAAAUUAUUGUUGUAAGAAUUGUACACAGUAAGUAGAAUGUUCUUUGAUGUCUAGUUAACAUAUGUAAAGUUCUUACUGAAUUUGACUUUAAUGAUAAACAAGUACAGUAAGAUCACUAAGCACACUAACUUAAAAAUGGAAGAGACAGAAAAAUGCACCUUGAAUAAAAAUUAUGGCAAACAAAUAGUUAACUGAUGAAGUGGGUUUUGUUGUAUGGAAUUUUUUUUUUUUUUUUUUGAUGUGAUAUUGCACUGUUAGCAUAGUCAUUGUUGAAUAUUUUACCAUUUAAUGGAACAUUUUCUCUGUAUCAGUGGAGGAAACCAAAAUGAAAUGGAUAGUUAUUAUAAAUACAUUUUUGGAAAAUUGUGAGGAAGAAGUGUUAAAUUACCUGUGCUGCAUGACGUUUACAAAAAUAAAAAAUAAAGUCUUUA